CCUGUACAAGGAUGGGGUAAGACCUUUCAGGCCAAGCAUCCAGUGUAAUCAGCAUUCUCAGUGUGUGUCACUGCUGGAGAUGAGGAUUUAGGGAAAUAGGUGAAGCCAGGUAAUACUGGAGUUUGUGUUCUGCCUUAAUGGGUCUCUACUUUAAUACAGUAGAAAGCUAUUGGUGGGUUUCAUCAGGGUAAUGAGUUUGGAGAGAUCAUUUCCUGGUAAAGUCUAUGGGGUUUGAUGGAAAAACACCAGACUGGAGAUGAGGAGUCCAGUUAAGUUGUGGCAGCAAACCAAGUAAGUGACCAACUUUUCAUUCAUGAAAGAGGAAGAUCUAUAUUAAUUGGUCCCAAGUUCUUCCACAGUCUCAACCAAAGAUCCCUUUAUUCUUCUAUGGAAACUUGGCAUCAAGCAGUCUCAGGAGGUGACUCAGUUGGGUUUGUGGGGCCUGACCACACUGUCCUUGCUCUUUGCACUGUUUGUCAGAGCUAUCUGGGGCAGAAGGAACAGUUUCCAUUGCUCAGCCAGCAGGGCCUGACAUGCAUCGCUAAGCUGGCCUGAGUCAAGCCGCUGCAAGAUGUAAUAAAGGCAAAGCACUUAGCACCAAAUUGGUAAGGCAUCUAGAGGAGAGGUAAACAAGCUCUGUUAAUUUAAAUAAAGAUAUAUAUUGUCAAGAUCCAGAUAGAUGAAAGUUAUGAUUUUAUGAGGGUAACCACCGUCCGUGCUAAUUAGUUGUUGGCUAUUUUUUAAAUGUUUAUCUGCAUAUUACAAAUGCUUCAGUAAGUCUGUGGUCAAAUGCCUUAACUUCACAAAGAAUAUAGAGCAACUUAGCAGGAUGUGAGUUAUGACAUUUAGGGGUGUUGUCUUAUUGCUUCAGAACUCUGGGGUUAUCGCAUAACAUGUCAUGUCACAUGAUUUGACUAAAUACAGGAACAAAAAACUGCAACUUGGUUUCAUUGGCUCAAAUAUAGUUCAGGGCAACAGAUAAAAGAAAGAAGAGGAAGUACUAUGCAAUAUAGGAAAUAGGAGCUUUGGAAGAUAACACUCUGGUGUGAGAAUGAAUUAAAAUAAGAGAGGUACCAAAACGAAGGUAGGUCUGGUCUUUUAUUCUGAGGUAAGAGACUGUGGGAACACUACAGAUAGGGAGCUUGGAGUCUCUCCUGACUUUGUAGAGGUGGGCCUGUGUAUGUAAGAUUACUGAGACCGAGGAGUGGAAAUUGAAGAGAAGUGGACCUGACAUAGCAAACCAGCCUCACACCAGCAAUAUGGCCAAUGCCCUGGCCAGUGCUACUUGUGAGCGCUGCAAGGGCGGCUUUGCACCCGCGGAGAAGAUUGUGAACAGUAACGGCGAGCUAUACCAUGAGCAGUGCUUUGUGUGUGCUCAGUGCUUCCAGCAGUUUCCAGAAGGACUCUUCUAUGAGUUUGAAGGAAGGAAGUACUGCGAACAUGACUUUCAGAUGCUCUUUGCUCCUUGCUGCCAUCAAUGUGGUGAAUUCAUCAUUGGUCGAGUUAUCAAAGCCAUGAACAACAGCUGGCAUCCUGAGUGCUUCCGCUGCGACCUCUGCCAAGAAGUGCUGGCAGACAUCGGCUUUGUCAAGAAUGCUGGCAGACACCUGUGUCGCCCCUGUCAUAAUCGUGAGAAAGCCAGGGGCCUUGGGAAAUACAUCUGCCAGAAAUGCCAUGCGAUCAUUGAGGAGCAGCCUCUCAUCUUCAAGAACGACCCCUACCACCCAGACCACUUCAACUGUGCCAACUGCGGGAAGGAGCUGACGGCUGAUGCCCGAGAGCUGAAAGGGGAGUUGUACUGCUUGCCAUGCCAUGAUAAGAUGGGAGUUCCCAUCUGUGGAGCCUGCCGGCGCCCCAUUGAAGGACGCGUGGUAAAUGCCAUGGGUAAGCAGUGGCAUGUCGAGCAUUUUGUUUGUGCGAAGUGUGAAAAACCAUUUCUUGGACAUCGCCAUUAUGAGAGGAAGGGCCUGGCUUAUUGUGAAACCCACUACAACCAGCUAUUUGGAGAUGUUUGUUUCCACUGCAACCGUGUCAUAGAAGGUGAUGUUGUCUCUGCCCUCAAUAAGGCAUGGUGUGUGAGCUGCUUUGCCUGUUCCACCUGCAACACCAAACUAACACUCAAGAAUAAAUUUGUGGAGUUUGACAUGAAGCCAGUCUGUAAGAAGUGCUAUGAGAAAUUUCCAUUGGAGCUGAAGAAAAGACUUAAGAAACUAGCUGAAACCUUAGGAAGGAAAUAAUGUUACUUUUAUUUCAGUUCUAUGAAAAGAUAAUAGUAACCAAUAUUACUUGACUUGAUCCACCGGUAUUUAAAGCUGUAUCUCAAAGUGAUUGAGAGGGAAGAAUGGUUUUCUUCAUCUUAUUAAGCAGAAAAAAAAUGUAUAAUCAUAUUUAAAACGUAGAUGAAAUCAAGACUUACCUUUGUUUACCAAUAUCAGUCUAGACUAUAUAGAAAAAAGUAUGAUCAAGUGUUGAAUUUUAAUUUCACCCCUAAAAUUAAGUAUAUAACUUUUCAGAAUUAAAGAGUCAUUUGUGCCUGACUCAGAUUUAAAAACAAAGAAAGUAAAAUUAUUCUACUUUGUAUUCAAAAGAAAAUUACCUCCCAGUGCUCUUAGAGGUGAUAUAGGGAAGAAAAGUAGUCAUAUCAUACAUAAUCUUAGUAUGUUUAUUAAAUUAGUAGUUAUAAGAUGCAUAUACACAUUACUAAGACAAGAAACAAGUAUAUUCAGAACUACCUUAUAUCUUGUUAAAUGCAAUUAUUUUAUGCUUAGUUUUCUAUUUUGUCCUCCUUUUGAAUUUUUUUCUUUGCACAAUUACUUAGCAUAGUAAUUGUAACUAGCUAGUAUGUCUUUUACUAGCUAGUAUAUCUUUUAAAUUUCUGUGCAAAAAUAUACCAAGUAUUUGAAAAUAUAGCAUACUUUGCAAUGUUGGAAGAAUGAAGUAUUUUUAGUGUAAUACCGUAAUUAUGCCUCUAAGCUUGAUGUCAAACAUAGUAUUCAAAUAGGAAAUGAAAUUAAGUAUUAUGUAGCUAGGAAUGUAUCAUUUUUUAAAACAAGAUGUAUAUGUAUUGAUCAUAUGGUCUUUAUAACCAUGCUAAUAUCUUUGCCUAGUAUAUGGUCAAACUUGCCUUGCCUUACACAAAUACAUGCCAUAAUCAGAAAUUCUGCCUUCACAAAAUACCAACUAAAAAUAAGUGCAUUGACUGAGUGUUGGGGUUUUUUUUGUUUUUGUUUUUUUGGCCAGUCCUGGGGCUU